GACGUCACAUCUAAGGGUUCGUUCCUGCGAGAAUAAGUAGUCGUUACCGUGGUGCCCUUGUGUAAUCGGAGUUUUGACAAAAAGCUGAUAUAACCUUCAGUGAUCGCAUGUGCGUCAACAACUCUAUACUCUACUCUCAUUGAUUGCGCGAUAAUCGGCAAUCAUCAAACGUCGAAGUUCUUCCAGUUAUUUGGCUCUUCGUUGUUUUUGGAAAAGUAGUUUAACCGUUCAGAGUGAUGUCCUCUGUAGUGUUGUUAAGUAGAGUUCGACAGUUAUCACUUGAAGAGCAUUGUUUCGAGAUGUGCGUUUUGAUUGCUGAACAGUCUCAUCUCUUUAACAACCAAUGUGAACAGUGAAGCAACGAUUAUUGUGAGAUUCGCUCAGUAUGGCACUCAGCAGGCACGCUAUUCAGGAGUAACUGCAGCACAAGAAAAAAAUCCAAACAGAUUCCCAAUUACAGUGCUGUUGUUAUCACUCAUUGUCGUAUCAGUUAAAACCUAUAGUCCGGUAGCAGUAAAAAGUGCUUGAUCAGAAUCGGGACGUUGAUUCCGGUCUUCAGUCGCAUUUCGUCGGGCAAGUGGAAUCGUCCUGCGUGAAUUUGGUGGGAAAGCCGGUAGUGAUAGUGAAACGCACGAAAGGGUGACCAAUUCAGACCCAAUAACCACAACAAAGAGCCAGUGCGAUGCAAGUGUGACAUAGAGCCUCAAUUCUUAAAACUCGCUCAGAAAAAAAAGGUUUCCGUGAUACUCGAACGAAAACAGAAAAAGUUUAAUCAGUCAUGGUGAUAUUAAUAACGGAGAACCCUCAUGGGCAGUUCACGACCGAGGACUACACGGUCUUCGUGGUGAUGCUGACCGUUUCAGCUGCCAUCGGGAUCUACUUUGGGUUCUUCGAGGGCAAGAAGAACAAAACCACCGAGGACUAUCUGCUCGGGGGACGUAAGAUGAAGGUGUUUCCCAUUGCGGUGUCGUUGAUCGCGAGUCAACUGUCGGGCGUAUCCAUCAUGUCCGUACCGGCCGAGAUGUACUCGUACGGAGCGCAGUACUGGAUAAUAGCGCCCACCAUGAUCGUCAUCGUGAUGAUCAUCAACUACAUCUUCGUGCCGGUAUUCUACAACAACCAGAUAACCAACUGCUACCAGUACCUGGAGGAUCGCUUCAGUCCGGCCGUGAAGAAGUUCGUCACGUUCACCUACGUGCUGAACAUCUAUCUGAUUCUGCCGAUCUUCAUAUUCAUCCCGUCGUUGGCGUUCGCCCAGGUCACCGGCACCAACAUCCACCUGAUCAACGGGAUCGUGUGUUGCGUGUGCAUCUUCUACACCAUGCUCGGCGGGAUCAAGGCCGUCGUGUGGACGGAUGUGGUUCAGGGCGUGAUUAUGUUCGCAUCCUGCUUCCUUGUGGUGGCGGUUGGCGUCAUCAAGAUCGGCGGAUUCGGUGAAGUUUUUACGCGUGCAGCAGCCGGCGAUCGGUUGAACGUUUUCGACAUGACCUUUGACGCAACGACGCGGCAAACAUUCUGGACGGCAAGCAUUGGCAAUGUAUUUCUGUGGACCGGGUACUUGGGACUGAACCAGAGCUGUGUCCAGCGAAUGGUGGCGGUGCCGAGCAUUCGUCAUGCACGCAGUGCAUUGUGGAUUUUCUGCGCCGGAUUCAUCAUCAUAACCAGCUUGAACUGCUUCACGGGGAUUGUGAUUUUUGCGAAAUACUUCGACUGUGACCCGAUCAAGGUCAAUCUGGUGCAGAAGGCCGAUAAGCUGCUGCCGUUCUACGUCCAGGAUGUCGUCGGUAAUCUGAAAGGAAUGCCCGGAGUGUUCAUCUCGUGCGUUUUCAGCGCUGGUCUGAGUACUAUGUCAGCCAACCUGAACUCUCUAGCCGGAAUCAUCUACGAAGACUACAUAAGGCCGUUUAAGUUGUUCAAACACACCGAUGCGUCGGCCAACCUCACCAUGAAGGUACUGAUCCUGUUCAGUGGCCUCUACUGUAUCGUGAUGGGUCUAGUGGUGGAACAGUUCGGCCACAUCCUGCAGAUGGUGGUCACCAUUGCCAGUGUGACGCAGGGCGCAGUCAUGGGCAUCUUCUGCCUGGGAAUGCUGUGGCCUUGGGCGAACAAGCACGGUGCCCUCUGGGGUUCGGCUGCCAGCGUCAUAGGAAUGUCGUGGAUCAUUGCAGGGGCACAGUUUGCCAUUAAAAAUGGCGAGCUCAGUUACCCUCCGAAACCCACCAGCGUGGAGGGCUGUGCAGAGUAUGGCUUCAACGUGACUCAGUCGGUUCUAGUGCAAUCGAUGAACGACGUCAGUGACAACGGGUUCUCCAUCUACAAAAUGUCUUUCGUGUGGUACUCGACUGUUGGAACGUUCCUGGUGUUCCUCGUCGGAAUACCCGUCAGUUACCUAACUGGCUCGCAAGAUCUGAGUAAAAUGCAUGCCAAGCUAAUCUCACCGGUGGUUCACCGAUGGCUACCCAAGGAAGUGACCAAGAGCGAAUUGGUUCUGAAAACUAGUGCCGUAAAUCCCGACGAUGUGCACAUCAAAGAAUGGGUUUUUACUCCAGCCGAAGAGCAGAAGCGUAAAGUGUUACGUGAAUCCAAUGAACAUGUCUUGUAGAACAUGGCACCAUCGAAACUUGUCCCAUGUAGGACGAAUAAUAGUUAAUGCUAAAAUCUAUGAUUUUGAUGUAUUUAUGUAAGUUACAUACUCAAGUUUUUGAACAUGUUUAUAUUUUAAGGUUUCAACAAACGCAUCGCAAUCGGUAUUUUCGCAGAUGGCAUACAAAAAUAGCUUCAAUAAAUAACAUAAAUCGAGUGAUUUAUUUUUUAUGUGGAA